GAAAGAAGUCUUCAUCAGCUAUUUUUAUUUUCAAAUUUCAAGAAAAGCCAGCCAUUUCACAGUCAAUCAUCAAUAUAUUUUAAUUGAGCAAUAUAAUGUUAAUAAUAAAUAAAAGAAACUUUUAUGGGCAAAUGCAUCCCUACUAAAAAAAAUCAUUGUAACUAUGGUAAAAAAUGAGUGGUUUGUUGUCAUAUUUUUGGUUAUUGGGCCCACCAAAUUACCUCCCUUUGAGGAGCUCUUUUGUAGCAGGCUUACAACAAUAGAAAGUUAAAUGGAGGGAAAAUCACAAAUUGCCUUUGAAAUAUUGUCUGAUGGGUAGAUAUAACCAUGUGUACUUUGAAUGAAUAUUUGAAGCAGGAUAAUACUUGUAAUGAUGUUAUUAUUUCAUUGAAAUCCUUAUCCAACCAAGAAAAAAUAUGUAUUUUGUCCGAGUGUUCUUUGACCUUGUUGCAAUCUGGUUACACAGACAAGCUAACAAUUUGCCAAACACACAAAGAAAUAUGUGCAGAGAAUUUGAAAAGAAGAAGAAAAAGGCAGACAUGUGGUAUUUUUGCAAUCAAUCCAUUGAUUUGCUGCCACACCUCUUCAAAAGCUGGUGACCGCCAUAUCAGUGUGGAGAUGCAUACCACUAUUGCCAGGAAUACAGGUGUUUUUAUUCCUGUUGGGACACCAAUUUGUAGACUUUGUCGUGAACAAAUCAUCAAGGCUCCCACAAAUUACAUGAAUUAUAGUGGUCCGUGUUUUGACAACCUUGAAACUGGAACUGCAGCAGAGCAGACACAUUUGCAGAUGAACACUUUGGAGACAAAAACAAAGAACAAGAUUGCAGAAGCAGAAAUACCACCGCCUAAAAGAAAGAGGAUUUCUUCUCAAAUUUUAGAUCAAGUAGAGACAAAUUCUCAAAGUCAAACGUCUGAAACAGAAAUGACAUUAAGUCAGGUGUCUGAUGCCUCUGUUGUUCAAUUUUCAAGACUUGAAAGUUUGAAUAAUUUCCUCUCCAUUUGUAAUGUCAGUCCUGUCAAGAGAUUAACCAAUCUGCUCUCGGAAUCAAGUAAAAGAACUGUAAGGAGAUACAUGGACAAAACAAGGCAGUGUUUUAAUGCAGUAGCUGAGACCAUUUCCCCCAAUGACGGCAAUUUUUUGUUUAACUCUGUUCAACAGCAAGAAGAAGAGCAACAGGGGCCAUGCAACCAAAUAAUGAAGGAUAUUUACCUGAAUGCUGGAAGCUGGCAAUUUAGAAGACAGGUGCUCUCCAUAAUUGUUGAAAGGAUGUCUUUUGAAGAAGCACAGAAUUUUAUACCUGGUUUGACUGCUUGGAGGUAUUAUGAAGCCAAAAAGCAUACUGCAAAUGUUGGGGUUGGUCUACCAGUUAAAGAACUCGCAGAAAAAAGAGUGAAGAUCAACAUUGAUAGCUUAGAGCAUUUUAUAGACUUUGUUACAUCUAGUCAUGUGAUUAAAGAUUUACCGUAUGGCCAAAAGACACUGAAACUAGAAACAGGCGAAGUAGUAACCAUUCCAAAUGUAAUUAGAAGUUUAUCAUCCAGCGCAUUGAUAAACCAGUACUAUCAGCUAUGUGAAGAAGAUAACAUUUCUCCCCUUGGUAAAAGCACUCUUUAUAGGAUUCUUACAGAAUGUGCUGCCUCUGUUCGAACAAGUGUUGAGGGCCUUGAUAACUAUGUUAUGGAAGGAUCCCGUGCAUUCCAAAUUUUAGAGGAAUUUUUAGACACCUGGAAAGAAGAAGAAUUAAAAAAGCAAUUGAUAGAAUCAAAGAGAUACCUGAAAGCAGACUUUAAGGUACAUUUGGCUAGACAAACAAAUAUUCAAGACCACUGCAUGGCUUAUGGUCUCAGCAUUCCAGGGAAUCAGUUACAGCUUGCAUGUUCCCAUUCGCAUGACCAACGAUGCAAAAGUUGCUUAGAAAUUAAAGAAGUUUUAGAGAAGGUGAUUAGUGUGGCAGAAAGUAAGGAGAUGGUUAACAAAGAUGCGAUAAUGUUUAAGGUUGAGAAGGCUGUUGAAGGAAUUAAAGAACUACAAAAACAUCUGUUAAGGUCUAAAAAUCAAGAACUUGCCAGAACAGAUAUAGCUAAAGAAAUGAAUGUUAAUGAUGUCAUCAUUACUUGUGAUUGGGCAAUGAAAUUUUUGCCAAGAAGAUAUCGGGAGGGCCAAAUGGAUUGGUUCGCUAAAAGGGGAAUUAACUGGCAUGUGUCAGUAUCAUUGGUAAAACUGGAAACAAAGAUGUGCAGCUUUUCUCAUAUUCACAUAUUUAACAAUCAAACUUCACAGGAUGCACCAACAACUACUGCAGUUAUUUGUGAUGUUGUGAAAGAUUUAGAGGCAGCUAUUCCCAAUUUAAAAGAAAUAUCUAUCUUCAGUGAUAAUGCUGGUUGUUAUAAGAGCACUUUGACAUUAUUAACUUUACCUCAUGAAAUAGGUUCCAAACUUUCCACAUACAACUUCAGCGAAGCUCAAAAUGGAAAAGGUCCUUGUGACAGGAAGGCAGCUCAUGCCAAGUUUGCAAUUAAAAGAUACAUCAAUGAAGGCAGAGAUGUAACAACAGCCUAUGAUAUGAAAAAGGCACUUGAUAAAGUACCAGGACAACCUUACAGGGUGAAGGUUGUGGACACAAUCCAUGAUUUAGAUGUCACCAAGAAUAAAGAUACCAUCACCAAUAUUACAAGUUUUUACAACUUUAGAUUUGAAAAUAGUCAUUUGAGGAUGUGGCAGGCAUACAAUAUUGGUGAAGGAAAGCUUGUGACUUUAAAAUUAUCAAAGAAUUCUGUGCAGUUAAAAGUACUUAAUGACUGGACAGAGAUGCCUUUUACCGAUCUCAUUACUGAAGGAACAGAACAGGUUUCAAAACAGCAAAAGCAGACAUUUAUUUGUCCCAUGGAUGGCUGCAUCAGGGAGUUCAAGAACCGAAUCAGUCUUGAUCAACACCUCCUUCAAGGCAGCUGUGAAUACAAGCUGGAGAAAGGCCCAUUAAAAGAUCAGGCAAAAGUACUGUAUGCCCAAAAGCUUUCCAAUAAUGUACAGCAUUGUCCUGAUAUGCAAGCUGCCUUACUACAAAAUGCAUCUAUUCCAGGUUUGAGUGUCAAAGAAAUGGGAUUGGCAUUGAAAAUGAAAAAGAAAAAGAUUUUCUUUAGUGUCAAACAGAAGGAAUUUAUGACAGAUUUAUUUAACCAAGGGGAAAAAUCUGGCUCCAAAAUAGACCCUUAUACGGCUGCAGAACAUAUGAGAUCUGGUGCAUAUAUGUUUAAGAAAGAUGAGUUCUUAACUGCCCAGCAGAUAAGUGGUUUUUUUUCUAGAUUGGCACAACAACAGAGAAAAACAGAUAAGAAUGACUAUAAAUCUGCUAAGUCUGAAAUUGUCAGAUCACAACUGAAAACAGAGAUUUUAGAGACAAUCGAAGACUAAACAAGUGCUAUUGAUAUUUUAUACAAAAUAAAUUUGAUUUUGCCAUCACUUGAUAUCCGUCAGCAGCAAUAAAAAAAACUUUCCAAAAUUUUGUUCUGUCACAACAGAACAGGUUUAAAACACAUCAUUUGUGACAAAAGUCUUCAGACACAAUACAAGUCUAAGUGGGGAUCAUAAAUUGCUGUUUAAUUUAAGGGAAAGACAAACACUUAAAAGACUUCAAUACAAAUUAGAAAAAAAUAAGCUAUAAAUAAAGAGUACAGAGAAAUUUAUAUGAUAAGUUAAGUACCUAGUUUUAAAAUGCACUAAAUUAAAUGAGCUUACACUUCUGAAGUUCUGUUAUAUUUAAGAUUAAAUUUGAACAUAGUGAAACAUGAUACGUAUUGCAAUUUAAAUUAAAGUUAUCACAUUUUUGAUCUGAAAUCUCUGAACCAAUUAUCCUAACAACAUAUGGCCAUAUAAUCAUGAUAUAUCUGACUUUUCAAACAUAAUGCUACAUGUUUUUGUGAAAUUUGUGAAAUGUAAAGAUGCUGAUGUUUGUUUUGAUAUUUUAUUUGUUGCACAUUUGAAUGUAUGAACUAUUCAUUUGAAUACUGGUUCAUCUUUUCUUUUUGUCAAUAUGUACAAACUUGAUUAGGUGAUAUUUCUGUAACCAUAGCAGUUUUAACUUACUUAUGAGAAUUGCUUGAAAGUUUUGUCAUACAUGUACAAUGUCUUUGAUAUACUUGUUGAAUUAAUGUUAUUCUUAAAGUGCAGACAUGUUGGCACUGUUGGCACUGUUAGCAUUUUAGUUUUAAGUGAACCGAAUUAGCAUUUUUAACAUGACUAUUCUAACGCAAUUUGUUUGUAUCAUUGAAUUUCUAUUUGCUACCACUCUGCAUAAAUUCAACAAUCUACCAUAACUAAGGUUCUUCUUGAACAGAUGCAAGAAGCAGCCAUAUUGGAUUGAACAUUAUAUUUUCCUAAAAAAACAAGCAAAUUUUAAAAAAUGUUUCCCUAAAACUACUUUUCAUCAGUUUAUAUCCUAAUUUAAAGCAUUAACAAAGCUGUAAAACAUUCAAUGUUAAUGUUUUACACUGGAAGUAUUCAUAUGAUGUCAUGAUGUUGCUAUGAAGGUUAGGUGCCAAAGAAGUCAACAAUGCUUUGUGGAAUUUUUGGUUUAAGCAACUUUAUGUACAAAUAAAAAAACAGAAACAAUACUUUUAUUGACUAUUGCAUUAGAAUGGACAUAGCUGUAUUGUUUACAUGUGCUACAUGUGCCUAGGUAAACUCAAUUUGCAACAGUAAUAUCUAUGUUUUAUGUAUAAAAAGGUUAAAAUACAAUACAGUUAUCUUCUAAAUUACCUUAAUUGUACCAAUAUAAGAUUAAUAUUAUAAUGAAAUUUGCAUGUACUUCGAAGGUGUUUUACUUGAUUUUGAAAAUUUAAGAUGGACAAGCAUUUUAGCCACAAUUUUAUAAAUAGCAAAUUUUGUUGAUCUGUAUCAGUUGAAAACUAAUAUGCACAAUCAGUUCUUUCUUCUCUCUGUGUUAAAUUACAAAUAUGAAUAUAAAAAAAUGAAAAAAUACAUACUCAUUUUGAGAACAACAAAAAAAUGUAAAAUUAUGGAAAUUCGGUAACCAUAGCAACCAUUUUUAUUAAAUUUCAUGAAGCAAAAAUAUUUUUCUGGACUGAAAGUAUUUACUGAUUAAUUUUGUUACAUUGUAAGGAAUUUAAUGCCAUGUCUGUAUUGUGUAAAUAUGUAAUUUACUUGGAUCUUUAUUGACUUGUAGAAAAAUACAAUUUACAGAAUUUGAAAAUCUUGUGUUUUUCAUUCAUUUAUCAUAUUUUUUGUAAUUAUUUGCCCAUUAAUUUUUUUUUAUAAUUUGAAAGCCCUUAAUAGGGGGUUUCUAAAUAUACCUCACUUUUAACUGGGAGACGCUGCAUUUUUGAAAAAAAUCCACUUGAACAUCCUGUAUUUACGCGUUUUUUACUGAAAUCCAAAUUUGCCAUUUGACCAUAUUUUUACUAGCUGGUAGCAGAAUAAUUGAUAAUUGUGAAUGGGAAUCAUAUGUGAAUUUUAAAGAGAUUAGAGGUCAUUUAUAUAAUGUUAUUAAGAAAAAAAGGUUAUGUUAUACAUGAAAAAAGUAUUAAACAGUGCAAAAUGUCGUUUUUUCAAUUUUUCAAGAGUUAAAAUAUGACCUUUUAUUGCUAAAAUCAACCCAUGUGGUUUCCAUGGCAACCGGGAUAUUUUGGAAAUUUUUUUUGCCUGUUAUUGCCUUUAGGUAAGGUACUGGCUUUUAUGUUAAAGUUUCAUCAAAAUCUGAGACCAUGUGUGCCAGACCCUAUUAGAAUUUCUUUGGUGGUUACAGAG